CCACACUAAAUCAGGUAAGGGUAAAAUCGUCUUUUACAAACCACAACAUAUGACGCAGAAAGAAUAAGAGACGACGAAGAAGCGAGGAAGACGCGGAUGGACUUUCGUUUCUCCUUCUCUAAUCUAUUCUUUCUUCCUCACUGAAUCUCCGAAAACUUUCUCCGGAAAAUCCUCUGAGAGAAAAUCUCCCCAAAAGAUCGAUUUGGGGAAAUUAUAGUUUUGUGGACGAUCGAACAAUGAACCGACAAGUCGGCGGAGGAGGAGGACAGCGGCUGAGAUCCGCUAGACCCACCACAAUCCACGAUUGCGCUCACUCCGGCGAUCUCAUUGCCUUGCAGAGACUUCUCAAAGACAAUCCUUCUCUUCUCAAUGAACGCAAUCCCGUCAUGUACCACACGCCACUUCAUGUUUCUGCUGGUAAUGGAAAUGUUGAUAUAGUCAAGUAUCUCCUCGAUUGGGCAGGAUCUGAGAAAGUUGAGUUGGAAGCAAUGAAUACUUAUGGUGAAACUCCAUUGCACAUGGCAGCCAAGAACGGCCGUAAUGAAGCUGCGAAGCUACUUCUUGACCGUGGUGCUUUCAUCGAAGCCAAAGCCAGCAAUGGUAUGACACCAUUGCAUCUUGCGGUAUGGUACUCAAUUACCUCUAAAGACAUCUCGACUGUUAAGACACUGCUCGAUAAUAACGCAGAUUGCAGCGCCAAAGAUAAUGAAGGGAUGACUCCUUUGGACCAUCUACCUCAAGGACAGAGCAGUGAGAAGUUACGGGAGCUAUUACGCUGGUUUCUACAAGAGCAGAGGAAAAAAAGCGCGCUUGAGGCUUGCGGUAAGACAAAAGCCAAGAUGGAUCUACUUGAGGACGAGUUGUCAAAUAUUGUUGGACUAAGCGAGCUCAAGACACAACUGAGGAAAUGGGCAAAAGGAAUGCUUUUGGAUGAGAGGCGUAGAGCUCUUGGGAUAAACAUCGGAACUCGAAGACCUCCGCAUAUGGCAUUUCUUGGAAACCCUGGGACAGGUAAAACCAUGGUUGCUCGAGUUCUCGGGAAGUUGCUUCACACGGUUGGGAUUUUACCGACCGACAAGGUAACAGAAGUGCAGCGAACAGACUUGGUUGGUGAGUUCGUUGGUCAUACAGGGCCAAAGACCAGGAGAAAGAUCCAAGAAGCUGAGGGAGGGAUUCUCUUUGUGGACGAAGCAUACAGGUUGAUCCCGAUGCAAAAAGCAGACGACAAGGACUACGGUCUAGAAGCUCUUGAAGAGAUAAUGUCGGUCAUGGACACAGGGAAAAUCGUGGUGAUAUUCGCUGGAUACAGCGAGCCAAUGAAGCGUGUGAUCGCAUCGAACGAAGGGUUUUGCAGGAGGGUCACAAAGUUUUUCAAUUUCAGCGACUUCAGUGCCAAGGAACUGGCACAGAUACUACACAUCAAGAUGAACAGCCAGGGAGAGGAUACUCUGUUCUAUGGUUUCAAGUUGCAUGAGUCUUGCACUCUGCAGGAGAUAGCGUCGGUGAUAGAGAGAGAAACAACCGAGAAGCAGAGGAAGGAGAUGAACGGUGGAUUGGUGGACACGUUGCUUGUUAACGCGAGGGAGAAUCUUGAUCUUCGGCUUAGCUUUGAAUGUGUUGACACUGAGGAGAUUUGUACAAUCAGGUUGGAGGAUUUAGAGGCUGGACUUCGAGUUUUCUCGCAGUGAGAAGAAGAUUUUCAGGAUUUUUCUGAUGGCUGAUAAAUUGGUUAGUAUUACAAAAUUGUAUUGAUUCAAUUCUUUACAUAUCCUAUUCUUUAUGUUUUGCCCUCCAGAGCUGUACGAGGAGUGGCUAUGGUUUCAACUUCCAUUGUCUGGUUCGAUCUAUUUGUGUUAUAUUACAAUAUUGCUAUUUUGGUCAUUUUUAUUCUACUUUUCUUAUAUUCUGGAUGUAGUUGUUGCAUCUUUUGGUGAUUUUAGUUAAUCGAA